CGAGACUACAGAGUACUACUCCGAGUAAGGGUUCCUUCUUGAUCAGCGCUUAGGACCAAAAUAUAUUUUUGGUUCAUGGUGAGUGAUGGGUAGCAAGGCUGUACUUGACGAAAAGUCUUGUGAGCCAAAAAAGCCUCAGGCCUCUAUGGACGACUCACCAACCCUCCAACCGGAACUAGCUAGAUCCGAUGAGAAGUACAUGAUGCCGUUGUUUGGCAUCGCUUCGAUUCUUCUCACUCAGCCUUGUGGACUCGGCUUGGCAGAAGUGUUGGAGGAUUAGCUAAUCGCCGAGCGCUAGCCAAGCACGGGGCAGCACGACACCAAUGGUCGAUUUCAAUUUGGACCAUCAGAACGUGACUCCAAUUAUGUAUUAUGUCCCGAAAUCCGAGGGGAUGGUCUCACUAAUCUGUUGUCCCUUGUCCCUGGAAUCUUAGUGUUGGUGCUUCGCGCCGCAAUUUCGUCGGAGUUGACGGCGGUUGUCGCCCACCCAGCCACCAAGCAGCCGAUCAGCAAAGCGCACGGAGUACCAAUGAAUCCAGGCCAGACUGGGGCUCAGCUUACGGGGGGAUUAUCGCGCGCUCUUCCAAUAAUAACUGGAACUGCAUGCUGGACGCCUGGAUGACAAUGGACUAGGCUUUUCUUCGCUGUCGCCUUCAUCGCCAUGCUGCUUCUCUCCUUGUUCCUUAUCCUCUCUUCAGAGAGCUGUCGAACAAAUCGAGUCCUUAAUUUCGUCGACAAUUGUGUUUCUCCCCUGGUUCAAUAAUAUUCUUGUUGCGCCUGUGAUUUUGUUUCAGGUUCGGGAUCUUCCCUUCAACGCCGCUUUAUUUUUAUCUGCCAAUUCCCAGUCAGCAACCUUUCGCGAGGCCUCACCUUUUGUACCGUCCUACAUGCGUUGGAACUGAGCAUUGAUUGGGCUUCUGCUCUUUUAUCGCCCAUUCUCACAGCAUGCUGAUUCCAAUUCAGCUUCGGCAGUUGGAACCCCGUCAAGCUUCGGAUCCUCCCCCGAAUAAUGACCGACCAAGCGAGGGAAAUGGCUCUGGGGAAGGCCACAAUAACCUCGUCAUUAUCGUCACUGCCGUCAUCGUCUUUGUCGUGGCCUCCCUCGUCAUUCUCUACUUUGUCCUCCGCGCCCUCCGAAGAAUGCAUUCUCGCCCGAAAUACAUCCCAGGGAAAUACCUGAAAGGAAAGUGGGAGCGAUGGAACGUGGGUGCAUCAUACGGCCAAGUCCCCGGUGGCUCAUCGGCAAACCAAGCGAGCAACACCGCCGCCGCUUCAACGACGCAAGGAGGCCCUCAGACCGACUCAAACACGGGCAUUCGCCGAGACACCUCGAUCCGAUCGAUCAUCACCCUCCCCGCCUAUUCGUAUAACCCCAAGCCCACCGAACAAGUGAUCGCACGCGAAGGAGAGCGAGGAGGCAUGGACAUGGUCGUCGAAUUCCCGGAAACUGCAGAGGAGGAGGAAGACCGUCGCGAGGAGAUGAUGGAGUCGCUUUAUCAGAUCCGUCUGCAGCGGCGACAGGAGAUAGCGGACCGUGAGGCGCGGCGUCGGGAGCGUCGGGAAGCUCGCGAGCGCGGAGACAGCAUCCGUCUCGAGCAGCUGCGUGUCGAAAGCCGGCAACGUGGCAACAGUCGCGAGUCGGUCAACGGCAAUACUCCCGUUUCGGCCUCUGUUGCGCUCGCAGAGGCCCAGAGUCGGGGUCGCGACAGAAGGAUUUCAAGCGUCAGCUACGCCGAAUUGGGCCAUGUGCGACACGACGGAUCUCGCCUUCGAGCGAGUUCACACGGCUCGGACUCUAGGCCUCUGCUGGGCGAUGCCGCCGCGAUGAGUACGGACAACCCUGACCGUUCGUCGGGGUUUAUCAGCGUACAUUCUCGCGGUGAAUCUUAUUCGUCCACGCUUUCCCUACCAGGUGGUGGCUCCGACGGGGAGAGUUUGACCCCCGUGCAGUCGCACACCACAUCGCUGCACUCUGUUACCCCGUCGCAUGCCGAACCCGAGGAUGGCGACGUUGGUGCACGAAACAUCCCACCCCCGGAUUACGAUCGUCUAGACUGGGGCGAGGCUCCACCCUACGAAGCUUCCACAUCGCAGCCUAGCAUCGAUGCCCCGCCGCGAUUGCGUGAGCUGACUCCGUUGCCUACAAUCCAGAUCGACGUGGUCAGCCCCGUUAGUCCGGUCAGCAAUGGGCCACCUACACCCACAAGCUCGCAACAAACAGACUCGGGCUCGCACGCCUCUUCUACUGACUCGUCUCCUACUCACAAGACUACCCCUCCGGCUGAAGAGGCUCGAGCACAGGAGACGACGACUGAUAUCAUUACUCCAACCCUCAAUACCUCGGCAUCCGGCGCGCGAAUUGGUUAAUAUUUGUUAUUUUUGAUCUCAAUCACGAGCAUGAAUACUCACGACUAUAAGAUUCCCUUUGAUAAUGUUUUGAGCUCUGGUUUUUUUUUAAAAUGUAUCUAGCUAGCAUGGCGUUUGGAUGGUUCGGUCAGAGUGGGUGAGAUAUCUCGUGGACUUGGCUGCACAUAUAAUUCAUUGGAAUAUUAUAUCAUCAAUGCUGUUUAGUCUCGUGUACAUGGCCGCUGGAUUUUCUCUACGACGCCCGUGAAAUGCUAUUCUAUGAUCGUGGCGAAGGCCGAACGAAACAAUCUCCGUCUGGCAGAGCAGUACGCAAGGAUAAUGAGCUGCAGCAAGUGGGAGUCAACUUUCAUACCGGCAGCUCAGGAUACCUGUCCUUUCGGAUCAAUUCCAACCAACUUGAAAUUUAAUAUGUUCAGGCACCAUCACGUGUUCACGAGUUGGAGUCGUUCUUGGCGCGAGGCACCGAGGCGG